CGUCACGCCCCCCUCCACCCUUGGCUGCUGUAUGAGCGGUAUAGGACGGGGAAGCUUCUCGCACGACGUGCGACGCAGAAGAUCGGCAAGGAGGAGACGCGGCGGCUGACGCGCCCCCAUCGUCUACCCUGCACUCCUCGCCCGCGUCGCCGAGGCCUUCCGCGCGCGCGUUCUUGAGCGGCGACAUGCCUUGCCUUUGCGCACGCGCUCAGCAAGUUCAUCCUGCCCCUGCACCCCGACUCGGCGUCCAUGCAGGAGAGCGGCUCCUCACCCUCGCACGACCCCUCCUCCACCGACUCGCCGCUACCGUCGCUAGGUGACCCCGAGCGCGACGACUCAAGAUGCACCCUGCGCUCUGCUCAGACGCGCUACAUGCGUUCGAAUGUGUCAACAAGGAGGACAAGGGCAAGCUGGCGGCGGAGAGACAAGACGGGAAAGGGAGGGCUGAUUGUUACGAGGCCUUGAAGCCUACGCACCUUGGACCGCGCUGCUUCACUGUCUCAAGGCCGACGUCCCGUCCUUCGACCUCACGCACCGCCGCCACGCACUGUCCCUCCACUGACGGCGACCCCUGUCCUCGUCCACACCUACGCCCACAUUCACUGCCGUCUGCACCCCCGGAGCGCACGCUGCCUGACGACACGCAAAGGAUCGCGGCCGUUCGAGUGUGGACGAGGAGGAUGAGACCCAGCUGGUGGUACAUCGUCAUCUCUUACUCCCGUUGUACCCUCGUCCGGUCUUCCUCUCAUCCACUCCUGCUCGACCCUGUCGACCUGCUUGCCCGACGCUCUCAACCCGCUCGCUCGCUCUCGUGCUCGACCCACUCGGCACCACGGCCACUUGCUCGUGUCCUCUACGUCCCCUCCGCACAUCGUCCACGCGGGCGCUUUCGCCUGGGACUGAUAUCCGCCCCCACGCUCGUCUCCUCGACACCACUCACGGCCGCCUACUCGUCUUCUCAAACGCCUCGACGUUCAGUCCCUCGAACCCCCAACUGUCGACUGCCUGCAGAUCGGACGCGGCGCCUCGUCGAGGACAAGGAAUGGCUGGAAGGAAGAUACGAGGUGGGAAGAGGGUUGAAACGGACAACGAGGACAUGCACGAUGGAUGGGAACUCAUUGAGCAAGCCGGGGAGUUUCGCCCUCUCCCGGAGAUGGGUAUCCGCCGCGCUCGUGUUGUGA